GUUUAAGAUACCGCUGUUGUAAAAGCACACGGCCAGUAGACAGAGCCUACCAAUAAUGUGAAUUUUUUACUGUAUAACGCACGCACUCAGAUAUAGUAACUUCUUAAAUGGCAUAUUUUUCUCGAGUGCUGUUGUAUUCAAUAAUUUAAACGACCCUGGAGUUACUCAAGGAGUACUGGCAAUGUUCUGUUUAGCUACAAUGGCAAGCCUCUUCAUUUUGGUGAAUCAACACGGCUGCUGGCGAAUCAACACCACUGUUUGUGAAACCUGAGACUCUUGGAAUGAUGUCGUUGCCCGGCGGCUUUAUGAUAGAGUCCGAGCAGUGGUGGGAAGCUCAAAGACAGCGAAUUGACGAACAUGAGCGGGCUUUACGACAAUUCACUGGUGGUGAACCGCAGAACUCGUCUACUGCUGAAAAGCUUACAGGUCGUGUUUCUUCAGCAAGACCUCCGAACGGCGUGGACGCACACGCAGCACGCGGAAGAAUAUCUUCUUCAACAAGGCCGAGUGCUCGGGAUAAUAUGAACAACAUAUUUGGCCAAGGAGGGAAGGAGGACCUCUACGACGACACCGCCACAGGAAGUAGUAUACUUCAAUCGUCUUUUAUGAACCGACAGCCAUCUAUUGUCAUUAUCAUAAUUUUCUACUUAGGUAGAUGCAACGUGAACGUGAUAAUGAUAAUAGGUUUUCGUUUCAUAUCUUUACCUGACGUCCGUGUUGUUACGCACACACGCGCAAGCCAUCUGUACACUGCGGAGAGUCCACAGCGGAGAGCGCUGAAGACUUUUGCGGGACAUCGAGGUCGUGGACGCGAGGUCCUCUAUGGCACGAAGAACUUAAGCGAUGCGGAGCGGCUUCGCACAGCAGAACAAUACGCGGGAAGCGAAGAAGACGCAGAGCUCGUUAAGGCUAGUCGGUCACCAUCUGGUGUUAGGUGUUUGAAGUGGCGUCCCCGUCGAUUUCAAAGGGAUUCUACUAAGGCGGAAAGGGAGCAGCCCACUUAUUUUCAUCAACACCGGAUAGUGAUUUUCAACACCGGACCGCUAAGCCUGUGCAGCAGUUAAUCAACGAAGUGUGGUCUUUGAAUAGCGCGUUGCGGACAUGCGAGAACCAGAUAACGGCCCUAUUGGACCAGGAACAACGCUUGGCUUAUGUUGCAGAAAUCGAACGUGAGACAAUAGAAGCGAAGCAGCAAGCGGAAGAUGCGGCUAGAGAAUCGAAGCUCUUCGAACAGGAAAAUGAGAGAGUGGUUUCAGAUCUCAAAAUAGCUGAAGAAGCUGCGAGAGGGUAUUUUUUACUUCAUCUCAAAACAUCAGAAAGAACAAAGCACCAAGAAUUAGCCAGGUGAAAAGAUCAAGUAAUGAGAUGGACCAAGAUCAAGUUUUGCGCUUGAUCUUUUGGUAUUUUUUACGUUCUUUUGAUCUCACCACCCAAACUUGUAGGACAAUCAUCUUUCAACAACAGCCUUAGGAAGUGUUUGAGGGGAUAUCAAGUACUUUGGUAUUCCUCGUUCCAUCUUGAUCUUUUCACCUGGCUAAAUUUUGGUGCUUUGUUCUUUCUGAUGUUUGUCAUUGAUUAGAUUUUACUCUAUGCCGAGUGACUAAGCUGUAUCGAAACUUCGUACCUAUUCAUUUUGGUUGGAGUUCUUUUGCCGUGAUCAGCACGCAUAACAACAAUUAUUAUUCAAAUUGUACAACCUCAACUUCUAGGUAUUUAGAACGCAUCUCCACCUUGGAUGCUGAGAAUGCACAGCUCGAUUCUGAUUUGCGAGAAGCACAGCAAAAACUUGUGGCUGCGGAAGCCACCCACAGCCGUGAACUGACAAACCUGCGAUCUGAACAUUAAGAAAAGAUUUUCAUUGAGUUCCAUUUUCAUGUAUCUAGUAAGGAUUGCUUUCCGUUUUUUAUCCUGGACGAUGGCUUUCCUUUUUUCGUUGUCAGGUGCCCUGCUAUUUAGUGACAGCAAGCGAGGACAAGAGGUAGGACGGCGCGCUUGAGCACUUUGAGGGUAAAUACAGAGGAGCCCUUGAUGUGGCUCUUCUUUUUUAAACUAACCCUCUCAUUUCCCGCAACUAGCCAUCUUGGAAUUGGAUAAGCAGCAUGCAGCGGUGCAUCGGGACCACGAGCAGAAGGUCUUGGAUAUGCAUAGAACUAUGGCUCGUGCCUCUUCCGAGAGCCAGGCACAGUUGAACCGCAUCCAAGCUAACCACGUCCAAGAGGUCGCUGCCCUCCGCGCCCAAUUCCAAAAAGAUAAGGCUGCGCUUCUCGAGUUCAACAAAGACUCGGUUUUAGAAGUGGAGGAUGCGAAGCAACAGGUUUAUUUGUUGCCUUUUCACUCAGCACUUUAGCGCGAAGGAAAAGUAAUUAUUUCCUCUACGGUAUUGACAACUUUAAGCACAAUGAUAAAGACAUUGAGCGGUUGUACUCCGAUUACUUCUAGGUGAUUAUGAAAUAAAUAUAUGUCAACAAAAUGAGGCCAAUGUUUAUCAUAUUAACGUUUAUUAUCAGGCUUUAUUCGACAUGCGUUCGAACUAUAGUACCGAGACGCAGAAGCGGAUUGAAGAGUUGGAACGCUUAGGGCGUGAGAAAGAGCUAGCUGCCACACAGGACAAGAAAAAAAUUAAGGAGUUGGAAAUCCGACUCGCCGAACUCCAGGAGAAAGUACAGGCCUCGACCGAAUGUCGAAAAUCUAUUCGCGAGGAAGAACAGAAGAGCGCGCAACAGGAGGUGAUUGUUUGGCUCAUGUUGGAAAGUAGAGCGCCUUUUGAUGGAUUCAAUCUAAAUCGUACUAGUUUAUUACCGACUAUAAAUUAGUGGUGGACGUGGAUCAGUAUCCUGUUGAAGCUAUGUCCUCGAGCAAAAUCUAACACUCUACAAUACUCAACAUAUUGCCUCUUCCGUCCAUCUUCUUUACAUCACACACUAGAUAAGCCGUCUCCGCAUUUCGUUGGCGGACGCCCAAAGCACCAAAGAGGAAGCGCAGACACGACGCGAAACGAUCGAGGCGCAAUCAAAUAGACGAAUUGAAGCUCUGGAGGAGGUCAUCGCGGGAACAAAGUCUCAACUCGCAGAGGCGGAGAAAAAUCUGGAGAAGACGCGGGCUCAGUUAUGCUUAGCUUUGAUCGAUCUUUCUCAGCAUGGUCUUGGUGCCCUUUUUCCUUGUAUCUUCUUUCCUAGCAGCACAAUUUCAUAUUAAUUUAUAGUUAAGAAAAACUUGUUGACCUUCUGUUUGAAAUAGGCUCGCUUUUCACUAUUCUACGAGUACCUGUUCGUCCAUCUAUUAGUAAUUGCUGUGGUUUAUAGUUAAGAUGAGGAGUCUUAAAACGGACUUGACCUUACAAGAGAAAAGGGCUGCGUGCUCGAGAUUGGUCGACCAGAUACGAAACUUGCUCUAAGUCAGCUUGCAGAAACGCAAGCCGGUCUGAGGCAGACGCGAACCGAACAGGAAAAAGCGGAUAAAGGCUUGGAGGAGGAGAAGAAACAAUUUGAAGAGGAAAAAGCACAGAUCGAGAAAGAACACGGGAAGGAGAUAGCGGAAUUGAAAGAACAUUUUACGUCUCAAAUGACAGAACAUGAAAAAGAGUACUUACUCCUAUUUUUUACGAAUUAAAGUUGGUUGAUCUUGAUUGAUGAAUGAUAUUUGAUGAAGACUAGUCUUUUUCAUUUUGGCCACACGAGGUGUAUGACAAAAUCUUUCACGACCUCACAGGAAACAAAUUCCGACUCUCACAAAUCCCUCUCUCUCAGAUUCGACCGUCAGAUGGCUUUGUUUGAAGCGAGGAUAGCGGAAUGCACGCAAGAAGCUUCUACGAAUAAAACUUUGAGAAUAAAUUCACGGUGGACGAUCUUAACAGCUGGUCUCAGAUUCAGGCGCUUGGCUUUUUUGGCCACUGACGACAUGCUCCUAGUGGUUUCCAUGGUGCGCAAGGGAAAACGACGCCUGAAAAAAGCCCAUAUGCAGAUAUUAUGUUGAGUACUAACGACCCAUUCCAAAUUGUGUCUGUCAAAAUAUGACUGACUACAAGUGUAAAAGAAGAACCGAUGUCGUUCAUAACUUGAAUGAUGCGCUUUCCUAUGAGAUUUUGUGAGAUUUUUCUAAUCACCGAAGUGUUGCAAAAAAAGCUUGCUGAGAAGAACGUCUCUUUUCCCGCAGGUGGGUCCGAUCCACCCAAACAUCAUGGUAGGGCAGCAAGGAGGGAUGUUCUCCAGACUUCCAUCGUGUCUCCUCGAGGCGAAGCCGGGUUCUAUGGGCGUCCUCAAGAUUUGCCGAACGAAAUAACUUCCAUGGACAACAUGCUAGAGGAACCAUUUCAACAACAAGAACAACAAGUGACAGAUGAACCUGUAGCGUUGCAUGAGCCUCCGGCAGAAGUAACCUUUGGCUCUUCCAGCCAUGGAAAAGACGAGCAUGAGUCAGGAUACGGAGGUCCCCUUGCUGACUUCGAGCGGGUUGAUGCGAUGGGGGCUGAAGGACCGGGACCAGCGGUGCAGCCAGAGGGAGAGACAGGCGAAAUGUCAGAGGAAGAAGGAUCUGAUGGGCCAUCAGACGAUGAAGGCGUCAAAGUGUCCUCUGCAAACAGUGACAAGUAUAGUCCUCGACAACGACUGCAACAACUACAAAUCUCAUCAACAUCAAAGGCCUCUAGUAAAACUUCAAAUGACCAUGUGAUGUUUGCCUCGUCACUGAAAGAUGCUACAGACGAUGAAGAAGAACGGGCUAAGCUUGCGCGGAUUCUGGCUACCUCUGGUGGUGGAGCAUACCCUGUCGCAUCUUCUUCUAGUAGCAAAAGGCAAUUUGGAUUAGAGGAAGAGGGAUCCGCCUUUUCGGGAGAUGGUGUGGACAGUGAGCAUGAUGAUCUGAUUCAGGCAGAACACAGCAGAGCAAAUAAAGAGAUGAAAAUACCUGGUAUAUCUGACAACUCCGAAGAGGACUCCGAAGAAGAACACAAAGCAUUGGUCACGGCGUUUGUAGAAGGAGAACAUAGUAAAAUGAUGAACUAUAAUAGAAGUUCUAGCAGCACAAGUUCUACAUACGGAGUUGUAACAAAUUCAACAUCUAGUGCAGGAAGUGGAUCAUGUGCAAGAACGCCCAUUUUCCAGCAUGCAAAAAUCCUUCAGCCUUCGAAAUCUUCGUGUGCUUCGUCGGGUGUGCUAUCCAUCUCCGACCACACGACCUCGCCAACCUGCAGUUCUGGUCGCGGUGGUCGCGGAGGUUUUUAUCCGGUCACUGGUCCGAGUCGAAUCCCUGCACCACCAGGAGUUUCAGGAACAACAAAUAGUCGAGCUCGUGCUAGUACUGACCCUGCAGAGCAAGACAAGAGUGCCUUUAUUCCGCGGUUUGGGGCUCUUCUUCAUGGUGGUACAGCAGCAACAACCGCUAGUCUCGGACCUGGUAGUUCAGCAUCCAGUACUGCAAUAACUACUUCACCAAAGAAAAUAGCAGUGUACAGGGAAAAAAGUUUCGAAAGUAUGUUGCGGGGACCCGUUAGGGAGCCAGUGAAAUUUUUUGUUAAUGACAGAUCAGCUACGAAUAGAACCAACAGAGGUGUAGUUGAUGGUGCUGGUACUGAGACUUUCGGUGGGAGUACUAGUUCUACUUCUUCGAUGCCAGUCGUCGUGGGACCUCUUUCCAGUUCUGUCAACAAAAACACUGCUGUUUCUCGCUCAGCAGCAGCUCCAUUUCAUUUUUUACCAGAACAGAGGUCAACAAGGAAAAAUGGGAAGGGUUCUCGUGGUAGUAGUGGUAAUAGAGGAGAUCAUAGAAAUUCCAGCGCAGGAACAACUUUUGCUCGUGCGAACAAUUGUACUAGUGCCUGUACCCAAAAAGAGGAUAUGAACACCAUAGUAGGAAAAACUUGUAGUACAACCCCUUCUUCGUUUACAGGAGGAACAACGACGCCAAGCACUUUUAGCACACAGGUACUGCAGCCACAAAAACUAGAGCUCACCCAAAUUCCAAAGCAUGCAGAAGUUCACCUACGGCGCAUGCAGACAGAAUUAGAAGCUUGGCGUGCAAGCAUGGCCCAGACAGUAGAGGAUGAAUUUCUAGCACUGAGUGAAAGCGAGUGGGAAGCCCCUCUUAGUCGCGAACUCAUCGGCGACUUGUGGCAGCACGCUCAUGCUGCUCUAGUAACUUUGAAUGGCAGGUGGGUGCAAGAGCUAUGCUGUGAAAGUAAUUCGUUUUUGGAAGCGGGUUUAGCACUGCGGAAUCGCCUAAGAAGUGUCUACGAGGAAGCUUGGCGCGCAUGCUUACUAGGUGAGGAACAAAUAGGUAAUUGUGAAACUGGUCGUGGGGACGCGGCAUUGGCACAUUACGUCACUACGGAGUUUCUGCCGUCGGUUGGGUGCUGUUUUCAAGCUGGGAGCGCGAUGAGCUGUGAGGGUAUGCUAGCACCAAUCAAUGAAGAGCAGAACCAAGGACAAAGUAGAUUAUCCUCUUCUACCAGCACCAUCAGUUCCUUAUCUUAAGGCUUGGGAGUUGACCUAUCAUCUAAGAGCGUCUCUUUGUCUUCUUCAAGUAGGAAAGCCACAGAUAUGCGAGCUAGAGAUGGCAACUUUCAACCCCUAAGUAUCUGCAGAGGCUCGCAGACGUCAACUUCUCUGGGAAAGCAAUAGGUCUUGUUGGCGUCGCGUGCGGAAGCGCAAGCCUUUAGACCUGUGGCGCGACGCACUGUUGUUGCAACCUGCUGUAGAUGAUUUCGCCCAAGAAUUGUUACACAACUUGAAUCGCCUGGAACCUACGCGGAAAAGGCUCAGACGUACCUACGCUUUGUCGAAACCACUUGCCAGAGGACUGGAGAAACUUGCGAUGUUGAAUAAAAACAGUAGUACUGCUAUUAAGAAAAGAACGACCUCUUCAUCUGCAGAAAUAAUACGAGAUCAAAAGCAGAGCCAGAAGAUACUUGCACUGAAUGAUAUAGCACGCGCAAGAGUUGUUGUCGCGUCGUUGGCUGAUGUUAUCGCAGCAUUGGAGUGGCUGCGGAAGGACAUGGCAAAUGCAGUCCAGAUUUUGCAGAUACGAAAUCGAUGCGAGAAGCCGACGAUGACAGGUUGGCGGGACGUGUUGUUGUAUCUGUUCUUUUAUGAUGGAAGCUAGUAAGUAGUUUUGUAAAUGAUGCCUCAAUCGUAUGCCCGCAUUCCACCUUAAGUGCCUUGAUGAGUUGUUUUCUUCUCCCUUAAGUGAUGCACAACCGGGUCGCUUAAGUGAUACAAAACCGGGUCGCUUGAGUGAUGCAAAACCGGGGCGCUUAAGUGAUGCAAAACUGGGUCGCUUGAGUGAUGCAAAACCGGGGCGCUUAAGUGAUGCAAAACUGGGUCGCUUGAGUGAUGCAAAAAUGUGUCCCCUAAGUGAUGCAAAGCCGUGUCCCCUAAGUGAUGCAAAGCCGUGUCCCCCAAGUGAUGCAAAGCCGUGUCCCUUAAGUGCUUCAAAAUGCUCUACCUUAAGUUCCUUCAAAAUCCCCCCUCUUAAGUGCUUCAAAAUGCUCUCCCUUAAGUGCCUCAGAAGCCCGCCCCUUACGUGCCUCAGAAGCCCGCCCCUUAAGUGCCUCAGGGUCGUGUCUCCCUUAAAUGCCUCAGGAUCGUGUCUCCCUUAACUGCCUCAGUAUCGUGUUUCCCUUAAAUGCCUCAGAGUCGUGUCUCCCUUCAGUGCCUCAGAAUCGUGUCUCCCUUAAGUGCCUCAGUAUCGUGUUUCCCUUAAGUGCCUCAGUAUCGUGCUUCCCUUAAAUGCCUCAGUAUCGUGUUUCCCUUAACUGCCUCAGAGUCGUGUCUCCCUUCAGUGCCUCAAUAUCGUGUCUCCCUUAAGUGCCUCAACCUCCCCUCUCUUAACUACUGAAGUGCCUCAAGGUCUAGACUACUGUAUUUAAUUUUAUACUGCGAAGAAAAAUCGGACUCACUUCCUAUUCCUUUUUCUAAUCUGUCCGAGCGAAACCAGACGCGAUAUUUGAGCUGCAGUUCGUGCAUUACAGAAUGGCAGCCGCUGACCAACGUAGAACGGAUGACUUCGCUCGCUUCCGCUUACUGGAGGAGUUGGGGUUUUGUACUGCAGAAUAAUUCUUUACAGUUAUUAGUUCGUUGUGUGUCAGUUCGUUGUACAGACUUGGAAAGAGGACUUACAGAUUGCGUAGUAGGUCGAAUGAGCAAAGUGAAGUUGGUCUACUCACAAGAUAGGCUUAUGUGCAUACCAGAGUAGUACAACUACAAGAUGAGCCUCAUGUAGUGUGCAUGUUCAUGUAUCAUUCAUAUAUUAUAUGUAGAAUAUCUCAAACUGAACUAUCUCCUGCUUUCGCCUAGCGCGUCGCCGUGCUUCAGACUCCGCCUGUGGGCCGUCUGUAGGUCUGUGGGUCGCCGUCUGUCCUUCUCCUAAUAAUGAUUUAAUUAUCGACUAUCAUCGAAUUCAAGUAAAAAACAGCAAAUUCGUACUCACACUUCUUCAAAAUGAACUGUUUUUCUCUAGCGCUCUCUCUCCUUAAGAGAACGACCUUACUCUGAAACACACUCCACUACUUGACAGUACAAACUUGUCCAAGACACUCUCGACGCUAAAAAUUUCAACAUUGAUUUACUGUGCCAUUUAUGUGGCGGGACAAGAGAUGCAGCUGUAUGUUUGAAAUAACUACAUGCUUGAUAUGAUAAAGAU